CCUGAGCUCAUCGCUGCGCCGUUUGACUGUGACCGAAACCCGCCUGGUAACAUAGAGGUGGUGGGGGGGGGGAGUGAGUGAGUGAGUGAGUGAGGGAGGGAGGGAGAGCCGUGUUUCCCCCUCGCCACAGUGAUCAGAACAGAGGGGAAGCUCAGACUCGGGAUCCGCUACGUCAAACAGAUUAGUGAAAUAACCUCUCGGGGGUAGGACAGAGAUAUACCUCCCCUCCUGGCUGCAUACAUGGGGCUGAGGACGCAAGAUAGUGUGCGCUGACAAAGAGCCAGGAAGCCCUUGACGAAAUAGAGAAGUGCACCAGGCUACUUUUUCCUUCUCUUUAUUUUGUUUUUGUUUUUUUUUGUCUUGGGGAAGAUCCUCUGGUAGCCUCCUCUUUUCCUCCCCCCCCCCCCAACCCCCCGCCACCUCCUGGUGCGAAAUGGCGAAAGAAAACGGCGAUGGAUCUUGGAAAAAGCAUGUCGAUGACAUCAAGAUAAUAUUUGACUUCAAGGAAGUCCUUGGGACCGGUGCAUUUUCUGAGGUGGUGAUGGCUCGGGAGAAGACCACAGGAAAGAUGGUCGCAAUCAAGUGCAUCCCAAAGAAGGCGCUGAAGGGGAAGGAGACGAGCAUCGAGAAUGAAAUCGCUGUGCUUAGGAAGAUAAAACACGAGAAUAUUGUGGCUCUGGAGGACAUCUACGAGAGCUCAAACCACCUGUACCUCAUAAUGCAACUGGUGUCUGGAGGUGAGCUGUUUGAUCGUAUCGUAGAGAAAGGUUUCUACACAGAGAUGGAUGCCAGUCGGCUCAUUAAACAGGUCCUGGAUGCAGUCAACUAUCUGCACUCUAUGGGCAUCGUGCACAGAGACCUAAAGCCUGAGAACCUGCUAUACUUCAGUCCACAUGAUGAAUCGAAGAUUAUGAUCAGCGACUUCGGCUUGUCAAAGAUGGAGGGCACAGGUGACGUGAUGGCCACCGCCUGUGGGACUCCAGGAUAUGUGGCUCCUGAGGUUUUAGCUCAGAAGCCCUACAGUAAAGCUGUGGACUGCUGGUCUAUUGGGGUCAUCGCUUAUAUACUGCUGUGCGGUUAUCCUCCUUUCUACGACGAGAAUGACUCCAAGCUCUUUGAACAAAUUCUCAAGGCAGACUACGAGUUUGACGCACCGUACUGGGACGACAUAUCAGACUCUGCCAAAGACUUCAUCAGCUGCCUCAUGGAGAAGGACCCUGAGAAGAGAUUCACAUGUGACCAGGCUCUCGAGCAUCCUUGGAUUGCUGGAGACACUGCUCUCUGCAAGAACAUACACGAGUCAGUCAGUCGACAGAUGCGGAAAAACUUUGCCAAAAGCAAAUGGAGGCAAGCAUUUAAUGCUACAGCUGUGAUUCGCCACAUGAGGCGCCUGCAGCUUGGCACCAGCUUUGGCAGCAGCAUUCAAGGCAACAGCACCGUGUCCAACCCUCAGAGCCGCGCUCCAGCCAAGAGCCAGUCUGUGGACUGUGCCCCGCUCUCUCUGAACGAUUGUUCUUCGAUAGCUCCUCUGCCGUCUGCUGGUAAAGUUUACAAUCAGGACUCUGACGCCGCCUCUUCUAUACAAGAGGAGCCAUCAGCGGUGGCCGAGGCGUCGAGAGCACGACCCUCCACGGUCACUGUCAUCCACACGGGGACUAAAUGACGCCAGGUUCCGCGGGAGGUGAGCUGGGAGACCACGGAGCUUUGAAUGAAACCAUCCCAGGUCUUGUGAUUCAAAGCCGUCGCCCAGUUUGCUCAUCCCGCAACCUCCCACCUGUUUCUGCCAACCAACGGGAGGAAUUUGAGGAGCAUUGGUUCAGCUCCAUUUAUGUUGGCUCAGCACAGCAGCCCCCUGCUGCCUUCUUUGUCACAGAGACGUGGAGGUGCAGAGGGGAGGAUGCUAACCAGGAGAUGUUGUUGUUGUGGAAGCCAUGUUCAGUCUGGAUCCUGGUUGUCUUGGAAGAUAAACCUGCAGCUGGUCUCGGAAGUACCACACUUAAAGGAACUCAUAAUUGAAGCUGCUAUCAUUUUUUGACUGUGAGCGUCUUAAGACAUGACGCUCCACUGUUUGCCUUGUGUAAAUAUCCUGCUUGGAACUGUUGAGUGGAGUCAUGUUAUGCGAGUGAAAUAUACAGUGAGCUUCAAGCUGUGGUGAAUAAUUGUGAUAUCAUCUGCACUCGUUUUGACAGCUCUUGUUAAUUUGCGGUCGUGUUUGCUCCGAUGGUUCCACAGGGUCUUAACUCCCAGCAGUGACAGUGUGCGUUAUCUCUUUGCUUUAAAGUGUGCGGACGUGGAACACGAGCGGGACAAUGUGUUUUAAUCACAGCUGUGAAGGCUGAGAGGGCUUGGCACCCAUUGGAUUAUUUAUUUUCUUACAAUAUAUUACGACUUUUGUAAGAAUACCACUUGCAAAAACAUGUACAUGUGUUAUUAGACUGGACUGAAAAGUUACUGCAUUGAUAAAGAUAUGAUAAUCUACUAAUUUUUACAUUAUAACCGCUGUUCAAUUUCACUCAAUAGUUUUGACUUUACUCUGAAGUCCUCCUUGACCACAGGAGGGCAACCACGUGUUGUUGUUGUUAUGUGACCAGUUCUCAGGGAUGUGCUUGAACAUGAAGCUUACCAAACCUCUUCUCAGAGUGAUCAGUCACUGCUGAUGGAUGGA